ACAAAAAUGGGGGUGGAAAGAGUGCAAGACAUUGCUUCCUUGUCAAAGGACGAGAUCCCGGCCGAGUUCAUAAGGUCGGUGAACGAGCAACCGGGGAUCACAACCGUCCAUGGCGAGGUCCUUGAGGUGCCGACCAUUGAUAUGGCGGACCCAGAUGAGGAAAAGGUCCUCCGUGCGAUAGUGGACGCUAGCCGCGACUGGGGGAUGUUCCAAAUCGUGAACCAUGGAGUUCCCGUUGAGGCCAUAGCCAAGUUGCAGGCUGUUGGGAAGGAGUUCUUCGAGCUCCCGCCUGAGGAAAAAGAGGUUUACGCUAAGCCUCCAGGUCAGUCAGUGGAGGGCUAUGGAACAAAGCUUCAGAAAGAAGUGGAAGGGAAGAAAGCCUGGGUGGAUCAUUUGUUCCAUAACAUAUGGCCUCCUUCUGCCAUCAACUACCGCUUCUGGCCUAAGAACCCUCCUUCUUACAGGGAGGCAAACGAGGAAUAUGCGAAUCACAUGCAUGGGGUGGUGGAGAAGCUGUUCAAGAGCCUGUCAUUGGGCUUAGGGCUUGAAGGGCAUGAACUGAAGGAGGCAGCGGGUGGUGAUGAUUUGGUGUACCUUCUCAAGAUCAACUAUUACCCGCCCUGCCCUCGCCCUGACCUGGCUCUUGGGGUUCCGGCUCAUACCGACAUGAGCGCCUUCACCAUUCUUGUCCCCAACCACGUCCAAGGUCUCCAGGCUUUCAGAGAUGCCCAUUGGUACGAUGUCAAAUACAUCCCCAAUGCCUUCGUUAUCCACAUUGGGGACCAACUUGAGAUACUUAGCAAUGGAAAGUACAAGAGCGUGCUACACAGGACUACAGUGAACAAAGAGCACACAAGAAUGUCGUGGCCGGUAUUCUUGGAGCCUUCGCCGGACUUUGUGGUAGGGCCUCACCCGAAGCUCAUCGACCAUGAAAAUCCUCCAAAAUACAAGACGAAGAAAUACGGUGACUAUGUUUACUGUAAGCUUAACAAGAUUCCCCAGUAAUCUACCUGAGGCCCACAUAAUGUAACUCUAAAAUAAGGGUGUGUUUGGACAUAUAUAUAUAUAUAUAUAUAUAUAUAUAUAUUUUGUUUUGUUUGAACAGUAAAGUCUCAUUGUUUAUGAGA